AAUAAAGAUGGUUCUGGUGUCAGUAGUGAACAGGAGUACAGAAUCAGUAGCGCUGAAACAUCUCAUGCAGGUAAAUACACCUGUAGAGGAGGAGAGAGAGGAGGCUCACACUCCUCACACACCAGUGAUGCUGUUACACUGACUGUAUCAGGUGAGUGUGAUCAUCUCCUCAGUACUCAUUAACCUCAGGUUCACCUCAGCACUCAGUACUGGUGUAGAUUAGAGCUGCACAAUAUGCAUACAAAGUGUGAUAUGCAGUAAAGAUGUUGGACUUUGAGAUGAUGAUGUGAAAUGCAGUCGAUGAAGACUAAAGAUGUGAUUUUUAUUUAUUUGCUGACUCAAUGUGCUGCAAAAUGCUGAACAUGAAAAUGUCCCAGGUUUAUCCAAUAAUAAAUAACAUUAAUGGCAAAAUAUCUCUUCUUUUAUUAUUACUGCAUUAAGUGUAAAAUGAAAUAAUAAAAUGCAUUCUGCUGGUUCAAACAUUUUAUAUUGAAGGAUGUUUUAAAUAACAGUCAAACAUAAUGCAGUACAUUUUGUCUGUACACUUUUUCUUGACUAAGAGAACAAUGUACUCCACAUUAAAUCUACUCUCACAAAAACUAAAUUACUUUCAUAAAUACCACAAAAUAUUUUGAUAGAUAUUCAUGAAUAAUUUCACUAUGACAGGAGUCUUUACAGUGUAUCAGUAAUAGUGUGUUUGUCUGUAGUAGUGAUUAGUGAGUUAAACACUCUGACAGCAGAACAUGAACAGUUAACAUCCUGAACUGUGUGUUUCAUCUCCAACUGCAGAAAAACCUAAACCUGAACUCACACCAAGUCGUGAAGGAGCUGUACUGAAAGGAAAAUCCAUGACUCUGUCCUGUACACUGAAGCUGCAGUCUGCUGGAUGGAAGUUUUACUGGAUCAAACCCACACAGAGCACUGAGACUGAGACUGAAACAGACUACUACAACAUCAGCUCCGUUAGAGUCUCUGAUGGAGGUCAGUACAGGUGCAGAGCUGGAAGACGAAACCCAGUCUACUACACACACUACAGUGAUGCACUCUGGGUAAAUGUUAUUGAGAAUCCUAAAGCUGUGGUGACCAUAAAGCCUGAUAAACAUGUGUUCAGAGGAGAGACUGUGACUCUCAGAUGUGAAAUACAGGGAGGAGGAGACACUGAGUGGACAUACGACUGGUAUAAGAAAGAUAACACACUCUACCCAUACCGCACAACACAGGAGUUCAGCUUCAGCUCAGUUAGAAAUGAUGACAGUGGUGAAUACACCUGCAGAGGGUGGAGAAGCAGUGACUCUCAGAGCUCAGAGAUCAGUGAUGCUGUUACACUCACUGUAUCAGAUGCAGCAGAGGCAGUAGUGAGUGUGUCUCCACUGCGCUGGCUGACUGAAGGAGACUCAGUGACUCUAAGCUGUGCGGUUAGACACUCCUCUACAGGCUGGACAUUCAGCUGGUACACAGAGGUUCCCUCCAGAGACAGUCAGGGUUCCCUCAGGUACAGUACAGCGCUCCUCUCAGACAGCAGCAGAGGAUCUGGAGGCUCCUACACUCUCCGUCCUGUUACUGUGAAGCACACAGGAGUUUAUAUGUGCAGAGCAGAGAGAGGAGAACCAGUCUUUCACACACGGGACAGUAACCUACAGCCACUGUGGAUCACUGGUGAAUCUCCUCCAGUGUCUCUGAUCAUCAAUCCCAGCAGAACUCAACACUUUACUGCUGACUCUCUCUCACUGAGCUGUGAGGACCAGAGUGACUCUACUGGAUGGACAGUGAGAGGAUACACACACAGUGAGACAGUGUCUGAUUGUUCAUCAGGUUCAGGAUCUACAUGUAACAUCAGCUUCCUCUCUACAUCACACACUGGAGUUUACUGGUGUCAGUCUGAAUCUGGAGGACGCAGUAAUCCUGUCAACAUCACAGUGCACAAUGGUCAUGUGAUCCUGGACAGUCCUGUCCAUCCUGUGACUGAGGGACAUCCUCUGACUUUACAUUGUUUAUCUCGCAACUCAAAUACCUCAGCUUCUGGUAUUGAUGUCUAUAAAGAUGGUUCAGUCCUGCAGAACAAGACUACAGGAGAGAUGACCAUCAGUACUGUCUCAAAGUCAGAUGAAGGUUUCUACCACUGUAAACACCCAGAGAGAGAAGAGUCACCCAAAAGCUGGGUUUCAGUCAGAGUUCUAUCAGAUGGAAAAGCUCCACUGUCAGUACUGAAGCUCCUCAGCAGUGCAGUAGCGGCCUCUCCGUAUGUGCUGGUGACCAUCAUUCUGGCAGUGAAAUGUUACAGAGCUCGAAGUAAGACCUCACAGUGUUCUUCAUUAGCCAUAAAAUUAAACCCUAACAUUUAAUAAGAGGCUAAUUUGAAGUGUUCAUGAGUGUUUAUUUUACAGCUGACCCUGAUGAGGACAACAGACCGUACAGAGUGAUAGAAGCUGAAGCGUCUGUCUGAGUCUCAGGUGUUUACAUUAUUUUUUAUCAUCUAGCGUUUAUAUAACAGCAGCUCCCCGUGCAACAGAGAACACUGCAUUUAGCCCAUGGAGCUGUAACGUGAUGAACGAACGACUCUGACCCGAAGACUCGAGAGCUGAAAUAAUCAUUUCUGUUUCCGGGGAACAGACGUGAGAAAUGCGACGUGACAAAAGAAAGAACGACUCGGAUCGGGAGGUGAGGUGAACUAACAGACUGUAUAGCCUGAAGACCUAAUGCUAAGCUAUUAAUUAAUCAUUUCUGUUUCUCAUAAUUUGGCCUUGGCUGCAAUAGCCUAUAUUUUAUUUUUUAUUCCAAAUGUGAUCAACGUUUGCGUAAGUACUAGAUGUGUUGGUGAAUUUAACAUGUAACAUUUUAAUUGUAUUCUGCUGAAAUGAAAGAAAUGACUUGAAAAAAGAUUUGUUCAUUUUGCUGAACGAGAUUCAAAGAUCCGAGUCAGUAAAAUGGUCCGAACUUCCCAUCACUACUGCUCACUGCAGAGCCAAAUAGAUGGAGCUGGACGUCUAGCUCCACCUCUCUUGAUCUAGUCUAGUAAUCUAUGGGUCUAGUCUAGUUUCACCUCUAUGGAUGUAGUCUAGUUCCACCUCUAUGGCUCAUUUCGCCACCUACUGGCUGUUAACGUCAAUGCAAGCCCUUCAUUAGAUCAAACUUACCUAAAGGGGAAAAAAUGUUGACUGUUAAUGCACGAAGGUUAGGUCAAAGUAACCAUGAGACUUGCAUGGAACUGGAGAUGCUGGCAUAGCUAAUAUUGCCUUACCUUUCUUUAACAUUUUUCAUGAUUUCAUGAUUUUUCUGCACUGUUUCUGUGACAAACUGCAUGACUAGACUACCUUCUUUUUUCCCCACUGUAUUAAGGCUAUGUAAGCUAUUUGUGAAUUUUCUCAGUCAUAUGUGAUUCAUUAAUGUAAUAAAGUGUGCUCCUAAUAUGCUGUUUGCUUUUAAACAUGGGAACUGAGUUACCCUUGCAGGUAUGAUAAAAAAUAAAUAAAUAAAUAAAUAAAAUGAU